CUGCAAAGUGUGACAACUCUCAAGCUGGUGCAGAAUGGAGGGAGUGUGGUGGGGGUGUCCAGCUGUGUAAAAUGAAAAGACACAAACACUCGUCAGUUGAAGAAACAAGUCUCCCAAGUUCAAGUUUGUCUGCUUCGGUUACGGGCGCAAAGCGGAUGGCGCCGAUAUUCUUGUUCAGACCUCUACAGUUUUGCCUUUGGCCAUAGUGUGAAUGGACUAAUGUUCGUGUGUGUGUGUGUUAUUCUAUUGAUUGACGCUUCUAUUCCGAGAACCCAAUUUCCCAUCGUGCAUGUGAACGUUGCUGUGGUUUUGUAUCCAUCCGUCUGUGUGUUUGAGACAAUCCGGCUGAAAGUUCUUUUUUUUUUUUUCCUCGAUCAAACAUUAUUGACUCCCCGAGUCGAUAACCUUGGCAACAGUAGUUCCUCUAUCCAGCUCGAGCCACACAUUGCAAGGGGAGGGGUGUUUUGGUGGACGCGUUGGUGUUUGUGCGUCUGUGUGUUUUGUGUGCAUCCAUUCAGAGGUGGAGAGCUGCUACUCUGUAUUCUUGUGGUCUCUUUCCAUUCAUCUCCGUCACAAGAGCAAUAACUCAAAGUUGCUCUAACCUCGCUGUCCAUUAGCUAUGCAUUAGUGCUAUCUUUCCUCUGUAUUCCCCCCCCACCCCUCAACCCAUCCACUGUGUUCCAGUCAUUUUAUCAACACUUCGUCUUUGCACUCUCUUUUGCACAUCCAGGGGUAUUAAUCAGGCAUGGUCGUGUGUGGCUUGACUUCAUUAUGGCCUAAUGAAGUUUUAGCCUCAGGUGCAGUGAAGGAAAUGGGUUAACCCGAGAGUAGCUUUGCCCUCGCACGCCAUUAUCGGAAGCCAGCUUCACACAAUGAGCUGUGGGAAAGAUUAUUCCUGGCAGAAAUUCAUUUUUUCGACCUCCUUUCUUAUCUGGGUUACUCCUGUCGAAAUUUAAGUUCUAAUAAAAGUACAAAUAUAAGGAUGUUACGAUAUAUCUUUCCUCCGUGUCGACCUUUUGUCAGUCUGUUUCACGCCAACACGGGGCCCGUUGCUUCAUCUUGUGCCCUCUCUGUCUCGGUAAUGAGCCAUUUUGCGGCUCUUAGCAUCUGCCAAACUUGGAACAUUUUGAAUGCGGGACUCAUCUCCCAUGCAUGAGGAGUCAGGCGUCCUUUGAUUUGCCCUCUUUUCCUUGCCUCUCCUUCCAAGCGCUCACCGCACUACUUUGUAGACCGAGAAAUGCUGCAAAACUUUACCCCAGUUUUGUGUGUGUGUGAGUGAGAGAGAGAUCAGAGGUGAUGUUUGGUGCUCGUCCUUAACGAGGUUUUCCUCCUCUGUGCUGCGCGUCCCUCCUCCUCCUCCUCUUCCUCCUGCAAAGAGGCGCUGCGACAGACGGAGGAGGUGGUAACUUGGAACACAAGUUCUCUGUGGGCACAAUAAGGCAACCUUGAGCCCUACACGGCCAGACUUCCUCUGUCCUGUUCGAUAACUCUUCGCCCCUCGGGUGGCACGCAGCAAUAGACAGCCGGCAAGUUAAAUGUUCAUGGUUUUCCAGGCCCGCUUGCUCCAGGUCGCACCCAAACACAGAGGAGGAGAGAAAAUGACCCGCUGGCCCCUCCCAGCGAGCGGCAGGGGGCAGCUGUGCCAACCUCGCCCCUGCCUGCCGCUUUAGAAGCUGCCCCGGUGCGCCAUGACGGAGAGGCGUUGAGGUUUGCCCUCCCCGACGAUCGUCUCGAUACCUCUCCUCCCCGCCGUCCCUGGACAAGCCCCGCCCCACCAUGCUGCGCUUCCUGCCUCUCAAGCUCGGCCGCCUGUACCGGUGUCUGAAGCUCUUGUUGGUGGUGGGCCUGUUCGUCAUCCUGCUGAUGAACACCCACAGCCUGUUUGCCUCCUUCCAGAAGAACGAGCUCACCGACAGGCGCUUCAUCAACCUCAACAAGUGCCCCGCCUGCUUCGGCACCAGCUGGUGCCGCAAGUUCAUGAACGGCCAGGUGUCCUUCGAGACCUGGGGCCGCCUGCGCUUCCUGGACGUUUUCAACGUGAAGAACGUUUACUUCGCCCAGUACGGCGAGCCCCGGGAGGGCACGCGCCGCGUGGUGCUCAAAAGGCUGGGCUCCAACCAGGAGCUGGCCGAGAUAGACCAGAAGAUCUGCAAGAGGGCCACGGGGCGGCCGCGCUGCGACCUCAUCCAGGCCAUGUACAAGACCGAGUUCGCCCGGAUCAACGGCGACGUCCGACUGCUCACGCCAGAGGUGGUGGAGGGCUGGUCCGACCUGGUGCACUGCCCCUCCCAGAGGCUGCUGGACCGUGUGGUCCGCAGGUACGCCGAGACCAAAGACUCGGGCAGCUUCCUGCUGAAGAACCUCAAGGACACGGAGAGAAUGCAGCUGCUCAUGACCUUGGCAUUCAACCCGGAACCACUCGUACUACAGAGCUUUCCGUCGGAUGAAGGCUGGCCGUUCGCCAAGUACCUGGGAGCGUGCGGGCGCAUGGUCGCCGUCAACUACGUGGGCGAGGAGCUGUGGAGCUUCUACAACGCGCCCUGGGAGAAGCGCGUGGACUUGGCGCGCCAGCUCAUGGACAUCGCCGAGCAGCUCACCAACAACGACUUUGACUUCGCCCUCUACCUGCUCGACGUCAGCUUCGACAACUUCGCGGUCGGCCCGCGCGACGGGAAGGUCAUCGUCGUGGACGCCGAGAACGUCCUGGUGGCGGACAAGAGGCUGAUCAAGCAGAACAAGCCGGAGAGCUUCGACGUGUGGUACGAGAGCCGCUUCGAGGAGUGCGACAGGGAGGCCUGCCUGUCCUUCUCCAAGGAGUCCCUCUGCUCCCGGGUCACGGUGGACCACAACUACUACGCCGUGUGCCAGAACCUGCUGUCCCGGUACGCCACGUGGCGGGGCACCACCGGAGGCCUCCUCCACGACCCCCCGGCCCACAUAGCCAAAGACGGACAACUCUUGACCCUGUUGGACGAGUGCACCAGACCCAAAAAGCGCUACGGCCGCUUCCAGGCGGCCAAGGAGCUGCGCGAAUACCUCACGCAGCUGGCCGCCGCCUCCUCCUCGGCCACCGCCAGGUAGUGAACGGAGGCGGCGUUGGCCCCCGACGCCCUGGAGGUCCGCGGGAACUCUCGAGGCCCUGGUUCUUUUGCACGGGGGCGGCGGCGGCGUGUCUGAGCAGGACGCUGUUGGAUGUCUUGGAUCAGGAGGUGUAUGAAUCACAGCGGACGCGUUUAAAGCUCCGGCUGUUAACCCGUCUUUGCUCCCCUGUGAGAGAGCGAGAGAGAGGAGUUUGGCGCCAGGAGAUUCUGGUUAGAACCAGGAUAGAGGUGACCUCCCCCGGCCAUCCUUGUAGGAGGGGGGGAGGGGGACUCUGGCGCGGCCCCGUCCGUACAUUAGAACUGUUCUGUUCCAUAGCAUUAACACCGGUUUCAUUUCGCCGCCCCCCCCCCCCCCCCCCUGGAUUUCUUGUUUUAUUUGAUGUAGGGCUGAAUUAAAGUACAUUGGUGUGUUUACAUUUCUGCUGUUGCACAGCUGUUUUUUUUCUUCUUGUUCCUCGGUAGCUUUGCUGCAGGAAGGUGAAGGCAGCAUGAAUCUCCUUGUUCUGUCAGCCGGCUGGGAAGGCCGAGCUACAGCGGGUGGAGAGGAGAGGCGGGUGGUGCAGGUUGGUUUACAUUUAGGAGAAAAAGAGAACCCUUGACAGCUAUAUAAGUCUGAUUUCCUGCUACUCAAACCAAUCAUUUGAUUUCCAGGAUUGUGGCAAUCAUCUUUUUUGUGUGUGCGUGUGUGUUUUUCUUAUUGUAUUUUUUUUCCUCUUCUCAAUCGGAGUGAGACAGCUGCACACAGGAAAAGGAAGGGAAUAAUUGGACGGUGGUAAUCCCUUGAUGCAGAUGUGCCUAUACCAAAGAGGCUAUAUGUAAUAUUAAGUACCAUGAGCAGUGCACAGUGACAGCCCCACCCCCCCAGGUGUCCCCCAGUAGAGCCACCCAAAGGAGCCAUAAUGUGCACACCAUCCGAGACGAGCUGGCAGGUCCUGAUCUAUCUUUGUCAAUAGGAGCUUCGUCCAGAGCCGUACCAGUCUAAGAUUUCUCAUAUUCUCCGUGAUUAUUUUGCAGAAUAGGAAACGCAAUGCAGCGACAUCUUUAAAAUGUUUGGUAAACGAACCCUUUGCUGAAACCCCCCCAGUAGUGCCGAGUGCAGCAGGCUCCAUCCAGUAAAGGUUAAAAGAGGAAAUAAAGAUUUACUAAAUGACUUCCUUCCUCCGCAAAUGGAUUCUGACCAGGUGUGGGUUGUUUUUUUUGGCCCCCCCCAUCU